GCUAUUUCCAGCUCGAUGAGAGCAGUCGUUGGUUGUACACAGCAUUUCGCCCACGAUGGUCAAGUGGAACAAGGUCGUGGUCGCGACGUCGCCCGACGACGUUCCGCCCACGCCCGGCGAAGGCCCACGUCCACCGCUCCCGAGCGAGCCGCGUACGCAUGCCUUGCCCAAGCGCUUCUUUCGGCUCGUCAUCUUUUGCAUGCAUCUCUCGGGCGCGGGCUUCCUUGCGUUCAUGGGCUACGGUCACUGGUACCUGACGCAGACGGCCGGCGGCUACGACUACGCCACAGUGCUGCGGCUCUUCCAGCCCGUGACCACGUCGGUCACAGUCUUUGCAGCCCUCGCGUCGCUCCACGCACUCUACAUCUUGCGCUUGUUGUUUCGCUGCGCUAAGCGACGGCCGUCGUUCAAGCAGUACACGGUCGAGGCGCCGCCGCCGUCCUCGAAUCGCUGCGUGCGAUGGCUCAAUGAGCUGCGCGAGGUGCAUCGUAGCUUCCGCGUCGACGGCCCCAACUACGAAUACAAGCUCGCGACCAAGCACGUGGUCGUUGCCGUCUCGCAGACGUACCGCGCGUACUCGACGAGCGCGCUUGUCGGCGUGAGCUCGAUCAACGCAGUGUUUUCGUGCCUCCUCUUCGCCUACGGCGUCGUCGUGCCCGGCCUCUGGCGGUACACGCACAUGCCCAAGCAGGCGCGCCGUCAGUAUACGCUCAUUGCUACGAUCGCCAUCAACUAUGCAGCCAACAUCCUGCUCCCGACGUGGAUCCUUGCCCCGUAUUACGACUACUUCACGCGGCCCGACGCUGGCACGCUCGCGUACGGCGACACGUUCUAUCCCAUCGGCGUCUCGGUGUGUCAAAGCAUCCUCGCGACUUCAGCGCUCGACUUGGUCCUUUCGUGCAUCACGCAUGUGUUCCUUAUGACGGCCAUGUCGGACUUUCUCCGCAGCUUGGAACUGCCGCCGUCGACGCGCCGCGUCUCGUCGUCCGUUGCCAGCGGAUCACUUCCGAGCAAGUGCCGUAUGACGCUGACGCACCUUGUGCACCGCGCGGUCUUUGCGGGGUAUGUGUUUAGUGUGCUGUGGGCGCUCGGGAUGAUCGUCCUCAACUACACGGCGUGGGCGCAUCCGCCGUGCACGCGCGGGUGCCUCGCGCAGACCUACCCCUGGCUCACCGGCAAGUGCGCGUGCACUGUCCUCGAGACGACGUGCGACAGCGUCAACGGUACGCUCUUGCUGCCACCGACCGACAGCCUCGAAGUCCGGUCGCUCGUCUUUCUCAUCAUCUCGCACUGCCCGCACCUUGUCAUGCCACCGUCGCUGCAGGCGUUUACAAACCUCAUUGGCCUCGAGAUCUUCAAUUCGACGCUGCUCUCGUGGGAUGCGACGGCCAACAUUGCGCCUUUGACGCGCUUCUCGUACGCGCAAAUGGUCCGCACCAACAUGACCGACUUGCCGCUCGGGCUCUUUGUCGACGCGCCGUCGACAUCUCGCUCGACCCGAACCUCUUGA